AUGAAAUCAAUGAUUGCGUUCUUUGUUAUAAUUGGUGUGGCGUGUAGUUUAGCAGACGUAAAUGAUGAUUUACGCACCAUAGAUUCCAUCUAUCCUGAGCAAGGCUGUUCCCGUGUAGGGGGCUCUUGCACUAUAGCUGAAGACUGUCCUAAAGACAUGCAAGUCGAAGAGCGUGGCCUCUGUCCAAAGCAAAGAAGCCGAGGAGUGGAAUGUUGUUACGGAGUUUCAGUAAAAGAAACCAGAUGCCGUAAAAGAGGAGGAGAAUGUAUGGAGAACUGCCGGAGAGAAUUUAAAGAAGCUUCUGACUGUCCAGAAUCUACUGUUUGCUGUAUUUUAGUGUAA